AAGGACCGUUCUUUCAAAACUCGCUUCUUCUUCUCUCUCUCCCUCUUUCUCUCACUUGGUUUCUUUCUUUCUCUUUUGCGAUUAUGUAAGGAAAAUACUGAGAAUUUGUUUGUGAGAACUAAAAAGAAGAAAGCUUUGAGCUUUGAAUCUGUUGUACACGAGUUUGUAUUUAAAGUCUACGAAAUGGCUUUAGCAGGGAGCUUAAUCCCAGCUGUUGUGGUCAUCAAUGUUUGCUUAUUUGUGAGCUUGUGUUUUGCUGCGGAUCCCUACGUUUUCCAUGACUUUGAGGUCUCUUACAUCACCGCUUCUCCUCUGGGUGUUCCUCAACAGGUCAUUGCUAUUAAUGGAAAAUUUCCUGGUCCUACCAUAAACGUGACUACAAACAAUAAUGUCGUUGUCAAUGUUCGGAAUAAAUUGGAUGAGAGUCUUCUCAUGACAUGGGCUGGAAUUCAACAAAGAAGGAGUUCCUGGCAAGAUGGAGUUUUGGGCACCAAUUGCCCAAUACCCCCAAAGUGGAACUGGACAUAUAACUUUCAGGUCAAAGAUCAGAUUGGAAGUUUCUUUUACUUUCCGUCCCUCCAUUUUCAGAGAGCUUCUGGUGGUUUUGGCGGCUUUAUUAUUAACAACCGAGCUGUAAUUCCGAUUCCUUUUGACAGCCCAGAUGGGGAUAUAACCAUUAUGAUUGGUGAUUGGUACACUAAAAACCACACGGCUUUGAGGAAGAUCCUGGAUGCAGGGAAAGAUCUGGGAAUGCCAGAUGGAGUUCUCAUUAAUGGAAAAGGCCCUUACAGAUACAACGACACUCUCGUUUCGGACGGCAUUGAUUUUGAAACAAUUGAUGUCCACCCAGGAAGAACUUAUCGCGUUCGUGUCCACAAUGUUGGAAUCUCGACUAGUCUGAAUUUCAGGAUCCAAGGGCAUAAUCUGCUCUUAGCCGAAACAGAGGGAUCAUACACAGUGCAACAGAAUUAUACUAGUCUGGAUAUACAUGUUGGGCAAUCCUACUCAUUUUUGUUGACUACAGAUCAGAAUGCAAGUACUGAUUACUACAUAGUAGCAAGUGCUAGGUUUGUAAAUGAAUCUAUAUGGAGAAGAGUAACUGGUGUUGGCAUCUUGCGCUAUUCCAAUUCCAAAGGGAAGGCACGUGGCCCCCUUCCAGACGCACCAAAAGAUGAAUUCGACAAAACAUUUUCAAUGAAUCAAGCAAGAUCUAUCAGAUGGAAUGUAUCAGCUAGUGGUGCUCGCCCAAAUCCACAGGGAUCUUUUAGAUACGGCUCAAUCAAUGUCACUGAAGUUUAUGUGUUAAAAAACAAGCCACCAGUAACAAUUAACGGGAGACGGCGAGCAACUCUUAACGGAAUAUCAUUCGUCAAUCCUACCACUCCCAUCAGGCUUGCUGACUGGUACAAAGUGAAAGGAGCCUAUAAGCUUGACUUUCCAAGUAGGCCACUUACAGGACCACCUAAGAUGGAAACAUCAAUCAUUAAUGGAACAUUUAGAGGAUUUAUGGAAAUCAUACUACAAAACAAUGAGACCAAGAUGCAGACCUAUCACUUGGAUGGAUAUGCAUUUUUUGUUGUUGGGAUGGAUUAUGGUGAAUGGUCAGAGAAUAGCCGAGGCACAUAUAAUAAGUGGGAUGGAAUAGCCCGUACCACGGCACAGGUUUAUCCUGGAGCAUGGACCUCUAUUUUGGUGUCCCUAGACAAUGUUGGUAUCUGGAACCUCAGAACUGAAAAUCUCGACUCAUGGUAUCUUGGUCAAGAAACAUAUAUCAAAGUUGUCAAUCCAGAAGCUACUAACAAAACUGAGUUGCCUAUACCAGACAAUGCCCUCUUCUGUGGUGCUCUCAGCAAAUUGCAGAAGCCAGAAGACAUUUCUCUUGCAACGUCAAUGAUAGGAAACAAAUCAAACUUCUUCCUCACGUUUCUGAUGAUCGUAGGCGCUGCAAUUCAAAUUUUCCACUAAAGGAGUUUCUUUUAGAGUGUUUACUUCUGUAUGGCUUCUUAGAGAGGUUUGUGAUUUGUGUGUUUAGGCUUGUAAGUUUAGUCUUGUUGAUAUGAAUCUUUCAGUGAUUUUGACCACCGCAUUCUUUUCUCAGUAGAUCUUCUGAAACAGUCCCCACUUCCUGCUUGUUUAAUUUAUUUGGUUUUAUCAUUCUUUUAAUACCUAUAUUUAUGUAUUAAUAACAAUACUUCAAUUAAUUGCAAACCAUCUUAUUUGGUUCUUCUAUA